AUGGAGGAGUGGGAGUAUUUAGAAGGACACAAGGAUCUCUACAAGGACGUCAUGAUGGAUGGAUCCAGUCAUGGGAACCCACCAGAGAGAUGUCCCCAUCCUCUGUAUUCCCGGGAUUCCACACAGGAAGGUCACACCAUCCCUCACCAUCAUCAGGUAGAUGAGGAACAAUCACUGAUAGUAUCAUUAGGAUCUGUACAUUAUCUGCAUUUUACAGAAACCCACCAGAGAAACACACCAUCCCUCACCAUCAUCAGAGUGGAAUCCUCGAGGAUGAUAAUAUUGAUGAUGUUAAAGAAGAGUAUAAAGAGGAGGAUGAGGAGUAUGGAGUGAUGGAGGAGUUCUCAGAAGGACACAAGGAUAUGAUGGAGCCACCUAAUACCAGGAACCCACCAGAGAGAUGUCCCCGUCCUCUGUAUUCCCGGGAUUCCACACAGGAAGAUCACACCAUCCCUCACCAUGACAAGGUUGAAGUCACCAAGAAAAUGAUGGAGCUGCUGACAGGAGAGGUGAGAGGUGCUCGGAAUAUAGAAGGACACAAGGAUCUCUACAAGGACGUCAUGAUGGACAAUCAGCCGCCCCUCACAUCACCGGAUGGAUCCAGUCAUGGGAACCCACCAGAGAGAUGUCCCCGUCCUCUGUAUUCCCGGAAUUCCACACAGGAAGAUCACACCAUCCCUCACCAUCAUCAGAGUGGAAACCUCGGAGAUUAUAUUAUUGUAGUUAAAGAAGAGUAUAAAGAGGAGGAUGAGGAGUAUGGAGUCAUAAAGGAAUAUUCAGAAGAACACAAGGAUAUGAUGGAG